AUGGAAGCAAUCCGGUCAAAAUCCACGGACUCUUUGCACGCGAAAGAUACUCAACACCCAAUUACAGAAGCUGAGGACAGUCCGCUUCGGAGUAGGGAAAAACUGUCUUACACAUUCAGCACGCAGCCGCUGGAAACAGACCUAAGAAAUCUGUUGACGCAAGUCACCGGGCAAACUGACCUGAUCGGCGUAACCAACGUCAAGUUAAAAGUUGUGUCCGGCCAAGCGGGUCUUCAUCGUCUCUCAGACUACACGCCUCACCUCACCACCCUGACUCUGGAUGGCAGCUGCAUUGCCACUUUUCGCGAUCUGGGAUCAAGUUUGAAGUCUUUGUCGACCCUGAGCGUAGCCAGAUGUAGCAUGAAACAUUUGGACGGCGUCUGGGGAUUUCGGAACCUUCGGGAUCUGAACGCGAGGGACAAUUUCAUCUCGGAUCCUUCGCCCUGCUCGGGUGUUCGGAAGUUGUCUAAACUUGACCUCGGCAACAAUAAAAUCACAAACGUUUCCUAUUUCGCCUUUUUGCGAUCCUGUAAUCAGCUCAGGGAACUCGACGUUGCCGCGAAUAAUUUUACCGACUACAAAACGGAGAUAACGAGGUUUCUUCCGCAACUAAGGGUCCUCGAUGGUGAAGAACUGGAGGAUCGCCAUCGGCAUUCGGAUGUUACCGAAGAAGGAUCAGCCGUGAAAAUCGAAGAUCAAAGCUCGGAAGAGGAAAGCACAACGUCGGAAGAACGUCUGUCGGCGGAAGACGUUGAUCCUGACGAAGUGGUAGGUUGUUGGCAUAAAAUCGUGAGACUAAUAAGCUUGAUGUAA